AUCCCCGAUAUGUUCCCGCAGUUCGGGCGCAGCGGCCGCAGGGUCAUCGCCGAUGCGCUGCUGGCCGAGAGCCCAGACGACCCCGUGCGCCGGGCCGUCAUCGACGAGUGGCUGCCGCAGCUUGCCGCGCGCUUCGCCGGCGACGACAUGGCCGAAACCAUCGGCCCAGUGGUCAGCGAGCUCGGCGCCGCAGCAUUGCUGCCCGAGUUCCACAGCCUACUGCGCCCGGGCUUCCGCCGCGUUCUCGAUGCGCUGGACGCGCUGACGUCGCACGCAGACCUCGCCAAGGCGCUGCCACACAUGGCGAGCUUCGACCACAUCGAGUGCACGGGCCGGCUGGUGCAGGCCAGCUCGGCCCUGGGGCCCUUCCUUGCGCUCAGCGGGUUCCCAGACAGCGACCGGGCGAUCGUCCAGGAGUACUACGCGGACGCGCCCGAGCGCAGCGCCGGCGACCGCGACGCCCUGCACAGCAGCCUGCGCGCAACAACGCAGCUCGUCCAGGCGUCGCUCUUCGCCGUGCUCGACCGGCUUGUGCGCGCCGGCGCGGACGAGCGCACGCGCACGCUGCAGUUCACCCUGCGCACCCUGGCGACCAACGCGCUGCGCUCCGGCAUGCAGGUGGACGCGGCCAGGGUUGUGGACGACGGCUUUGCCGACAACCUCGCGGCCGCGUGGCUGCGGCUGGCCGAUCCGUUCACGCAGGACGCGGCGCUGCGGCGGCUUGGGCGCGUCGACGCCGACUGGGUGACGCUGCGCGCGAUGCGCGGCGCGGACCACGGCGGGCUGGGCGACGGGCGCGGCCAGAUCGCCGCGCACUGGCGCGAGCUCACGCGCGUCAACGCCGACAAGCAGCUGGUCGACGCGUACCUGCACAAGAAAAGCACGGAGCAGGGCCCCCCCGGCGCACAGCCAGGGUUCGUCGCCGACUGCUUCUUCGCUGCGGCCAGCGCCCUGCACCUGGGCCCGGUUGCCACGAUCGGCAGGUACAAGAGCUUGCUCAAGACCAUCGGCCGCAUGCGCAGCGAAAUCAGGCGCUACACGGCAACGCCCGGGCUGCUGCCGCCGGCACAGCGCGCGUCGCUGCCGCUGCUGGUGCAGCGGUGGCGGCAGCAGCUGGCCGCGAUGGAGCGCGAAAAGAUCGCCCUGGACGCGCACGUCCUCGACCCCCGGCGGCUCAGCAGCACGCUCGUGUUCCUGCGCUUCUCCAUGUGCUUUCUCCUGCGCCAGGUCGACGCCCACGGCGCGUUCCCGCAGCAGCCGUUCGCGAUGCCCGAGGAGGCCAGCGACGCGCUGCCGGACGCGUGGCGCAUGCUGCCGGAGUUCCUGGUCGAAGACAUCGUUGCGUUUGUCGUUUUCGCUGCGGUCUACGCGCCCGACGCGCUGACGGACGCGGCGUCGCAGGUGGGCCACGCCGAGCUGCGCACCUUUGACGACGUCCUGCCGCUCUUUGUCGUCGCGUUCCUCGCGCGGCCCGCGCUGAUCAGCAACCCGCACCUCAAGGCGAAGCUCAUCGACGUGCUGCACAUGCUGACAUACCGCGAUCCGCGCGAGAGCGACGACCACGCCAGCCUGGACGCCAGCGCGGUUUCGCGCGCGUACCUGGUGCCGGCCCUGCUGCGGUUCUACGUCGACGUCGAGCGCACCGGCGCCAGCUCGCAGUUCUACGACAAAUUCAACGUGCGCUACUACAUUGCGCGCACGCUGCGCGCUCUGUGGGCGCGCGGCAGCAACCAGGCGACAACCGGCAGUGCGCAGCGCGACCGCCGCGUUAUCGAGGAGUUUGUCGCGCGGCUGAUGACCGACACCACGUACCUCCUGGACGAGUCCCUGAGCAAGCUGGCGCUGAUCCGCGACCUCGAAACGCGGCCGCCGGCGCAGGCGGCAGCCCAGGACGACGUGGCCGAGCGGCUGCAGGACGCCGAGCGCAUGGCGACGACGUACGUGUCGCUGGCGCACGAGACCGUGCAUAUGCUGGCGUUCCUCACGCGGCUGGUGCCGCGGCCGUUCCAGGCCAGCGAAGUUGUCAGCCGGCUGGCGGCGAUGCUCAACUACAAUCUGCAGCAGCUCGCCGGCCCCAAGUGCUCCAGCCUGCGCGUGCGCGAUAUGGCCAAGCGCUUCUCGUUUAACCCGCGCGUGUUGCUCUCGGAGCUCACCAGCGUCUACACCCACCUGGGGCUGCCCAGCGCGGACUCGCCCAACGACCAGGCCGUCGCCCUGUUUGUGUCGGCUGUCGUCGAGGACGACCGCUCGUACUCGCCGGAGCUCUUCGAUGAGGCGUAUGCGAUUCUCGAGCGCAAGUCGCUCAAGAGCUCCGAGUCCUUGGAUCGGCUGGUGGAGUUCGCCAACAGGUGUAAGGAGGCGCAGGUGGACUCCGGGUUGAUUGAGUUUCUGGAGGAUCGCGCCCCCGAGCAGUAUCUGGAUCCGCUGCUGGCGUCGCUUAUUAAGGACCCGGUGCGGCUGCCGACGUCCGGGAAUAUCAUGGAGCUGUCGGCUAUUAAGGGCCAGUUGCUCAGCGACCCCCGCGACCCCUUUAAUCGCGCCAGCCUUACGGUGGAUAUGCUGGAGCCU